ACCUGGGAGUUUAUUUCGAAAUGCCGAAGAUAAUUGAACUCAGGCCGAACAAAGAACUGGUGAAUGUUAAAUUUGAGAAGUACCAGUUCUCUCCAGAGGUUGUGCCAAUUACUGAGGAGAUAAAUCUAUCAAAAAAUGUCAUUCACCUCGAGCCAUCAGUCGGUCAGGACUCCCUCCUGGAAGCUCGUCUCUUUGCCUUCCACAACCACCUGUUCCAGAGCCCCUAUGACGAUUCCUGCUGGUUCUUCGAUAAUGACGAAAAUUUGUGGUGUUUACAGUCCACCCAGACUCUCCACCAUGUCCACUCUCUCCCCAAGCCCAACCCCAAAUCCUACAACUCCACAAUUGCCUUUGCAUCCCCGAGUGUCAGUGUCCUCUCCAACGGAGGAAAUGCCCUGCAGGUUCUGGUGAAAAAUCAGGACCACCAGAAUGUCAUUUCCAUCGAAGAAAUUAAUUCUGGAAUCUUGAUGGCUGCUAGGCACGUCCUGGAGGACGAUUCCCUCGUUAUAGUCCUGGUGUCCAUUGUCGAGGAGAACAGCAAGAAGAGAUCCAAACUAAUUGUGCUGCAUUACUCGAUGAAAAAUUGCGAAAGCACGUCAGACCUCGCCAUUGAAUUCUCCAGACGACAGGAGCUGAUGGUGAAUGGUGCUGUUGACUACGUUCAGGUAGAAUCCUCUGGGGGUUUUCUGGAUGUCCUGAGUGGAGAUAUGGCCAAGUUCACACAUGACUCGGUGAAACCCAUAGCCGGUGACACCUCGACAGACAAGACAGACGUGAAAAUACCCAAGUACUAUUGGUCCCAAGACGAGGAUUCCCUGACUGUUUGGCUGAAGAUCCCUGAAAGGCUUGGAGAUGCAGUGGUGGAUGUCAGGGUGACGGCCACAUCACUUGCAGUUGCUCUCGGUGACUCGAUUCUCAUGCAGGGGAACACGCCAUUCAGAAUCGAUGAUGGAACUGCCACUUGGAGCAGGGACCAGGACAUUUUCAGGCUCGAAGUGAUGAAGCAGGAGAUUGGCCAGAUGUGGAAUGAGCUCAUAAAGGGAGAUGCUGGUGGAGAGCUUCUGCCGAAUGAAAAGUUGGCAGCGGAAAUUCACUCGAGACUGUCCCACCUUUGCACGGACCAGCCAGAAGAUGCCCCUGCCCAGCCAGCGAUUGGUUUCAACGCUGAGCAGCUGGAGGAGUGUGACCUCGAGGGUGAUCAGAGCUACCUUCAGAGGAUCGACCUGCAAGAACACCUGACAACUCACCUGGCUCUUCUCGGCAACAACAAUCGACUUCUCUUCACCCAGGCCCACCGUCUCUGCAUACGUCAGGAUCACGAUGGAUGUGUGUGGAGGCUCGUUGAAGACCCCACUGACUGGACUGUCCAGCACGAGAGCAGUUUACCUGGAUUUGGAUACGUGGAAGCCAGCAAAAGCAACAAAAAAUUCUGCGUAUGCCCGAGGAACGGCCAUUACGUGGCCAUCAUCGAGCACAACAGGCAUUCAUUUAUUUAUGCAAAACCAGGGUUAGAUGCCAGAGUGUCAAAACAACAAAUCGUUGAUCUGGGAUCAGAGAGUCUUCCCAUCAUGGGAGCAAUCGCCACUGACGACUACCUCGUCCUCCUGACUCAGAACAAAUUGUACAGACUCAAAGUGAAUUGAUAAAAUAAUAUUUAUGUAUUUCUUAUCACAAAUAUAUCUUUUUCUAAAAAAAUCUGUUGUCUAUGUUAAUUAAUUACUAACUUGGAAUUUGUUUAAUUAUUUAUUAGUAUAAUAACUAUUAAUAAAACAUGUGUGA